GUCGGUUUAAAAUCGUGGUAGAUUUAAUUUAUAUCGGACAAAAAUUCUUUAUAAUGCGUUUGCGUCUACUGUCUUUCUCGUCUGUCGGUUAAUAUCUAGUCUACUUUGAGUUUAUCGGCAACCACUCGUUCAUUGACCGGGUAAUUGGUUUUACUUUGUUAGAAGAAUAAAGAUGUGCAGCUGUCUUUAAGUACAAUUUCUCCUCUCACUUUGAAAAGCUAAAUUAGCCAUCCAAACGAGCAGCGAACCGAAGCCUUUCAGCAACAUUUCCCAUCACUGGCAACCAGCAACGCCGAGGACAAUGACGAUAGAGAAGAAAGCCUCGCCCCUCCGUCACUGAACGUGUUUAAUUACCUCCUCUGUGUCGAUCUUCCAUCUUGAGGAAAUGAAUUUCUUGCGUAAUCGUCUCGUUGUUCUGGGCCUGGUGUUGUUGGCCACGUUACUGCUCUACCUUCUGCUGCCAUCCAUUCGCCAGGGCAGCAUGGAGCCAUCCCUGGAAGCUCAAAAAAUGGGGCUAAUGGCCACCCCUCCUCCUCCACUUCCAACUAUCAAUGUGUCUAUUCGCACCGGACAGCUGCCCGGAGACCCCCCGCUGUUCUUCCGAGAAGCUUUACCAGUGGAUGGAGCUGGACGGCAGAUACUGCCAAGGCUGCAAAUUGUCUUAUUGCAUGGUCAGGCAUUCACAUCCAAAACCUGGGAAGAACUUGGUACCAUGGCCCUGCUGGCAACUAAUGGAUAUCAGGCCUUGGCGAUGGACCUACCAGGAUAUGGAAAAUCACCAGACUCGGAGUCUCUGAAGACUGACCAAAGUCGAGUGGAUCUCCUUUCAAGGUUCAUGGAGUCUUUGGGGGUGAGGGCAGCUGUGCUUUUGAGCCCAUCGAUGAGUGGACAUUACUCCCUCCCCUUUCUCAUGAAGAACAGUGCUCAGCUACACGGUUUUAUCCCUAUAGCACCAGUUGGCACCCGGAGUUACUCUGCACAGCAGUACCAAAAUAUUCAGACUCCCACUCUGAUUGUGUUUGGAGCCCAGGACACAAAUCUGGGUGCCCAGUCCCACAAGAACCUCAUACAACUCCCAAAUCACUUCGUGCUGAAGCUGGAAGGAGCACGCCAUGCCUGCUAUAUUGACAAAACCAGAGAAUUUCACCAAGGAUUGAUUGAAUUCCUCAGCAAACUGAAAUGAGUGGCAGAAUACCUGGGUUGGGAUGGAAUAGUCAUUUUUUCUUUGAAUGUAGUGACGUGGAAAUAUAAUAGGAGCUGAUUGAAAUCUCUACAUACUAAGGAAAGUGCUUCAGUGCUUCCUUUUUUACCUCCUUUAGCAUAGGAUACACUGGACCAUGCUUUGUGAAAGGGCAGUAGGGUAAAGCCAGCCCACAGUUCAAAGCGACACACCAUCCAAUUUUUCAUGAAAACAUAACUGAAAAAUCAUGCAGGCUAUGUAAAUGGUUCCAUUUCAAUCCAGCUCCAGUAGUUUCCAUGUUAUGCCAUAACCUGCUGAUAUGUUUUAAACCAUCAGUGACAGGCUAUGAUAAACCUACAGGCGAAGUACAGUGUCUUGCAAAAGUAUUCGGCCCCCUUGAACUUUUCCACAUUUUG